UACUAUUGAGGUGGAGGGUUUAUAGCGCCAUAUUCCAAUAGAAAAACCUUUGUGGCCUCAUCAUCUCUCAUCCUUCUACUCCACCACUAUCUUCUUCUACGCCACCGGACCCAUGGCUUUUUCGUCUUCCAUUCUCGGAGUCUCCUCCAUUUACCAGACCAGAACCACCACCACCACCACCACCACCACUCUGCCCCUCUCUCUCCCCUUCUCCGCUACCCAUUUCCGCCCUAAGCAACUCUCUGGUUGUGCUUGCGGUGGUGGUGGUGGUGGACUCUCUUUUGUUGUUUCGGCUGUUGCGACUCCCAAUUCUUCAGUAUUGAGCGAAGAGGCCUUUAAGGGUUUAGGUGGUUUCGAUGAAGAUUCUCUAGAGGAUUAUGAGUCUGAAACUGAGCCAUCCACGUCCUCCGGAGCUGGUAGUGAAGAUGAACUUGUUGUUUCGAAACUAGGUCUUCCUCGUAGACUCGUUGAGUCUCUCCACAAUCGAGGGAUUACAAGCCUUUUCCCCAUUCAAAGAGCUGUGCUAGUACCUGCAUUGGAAGGUCGAGAUAUAAUUGCUCGUGCAAAGACUGGGACAGGGAAGACAUUAGCCUUUGGAAUUCCGAUAAUUAAACAGCUUAGUGAAGAUGACCAAGAAAGAAGUAUUCAGAGGCGUGGACGACUUCCAAGAAUGUUGGUUCUUGCGCCCACUAGGGAAUUAGCAAGGCAAGUAGAGAAAGAGAUUAAAGAGUGUGCAUCGUACUUGAACACAGUUUGUGUCUAUGGAGGAGUUUCUUAUAAUACGCAGCAAAAUGCUCUUUCCCGAGGCGUUGAUGUGGUGGUGGGAACUCCAGGUAGAAUAAUUGACCUAAUCAACAGUGGCAGCCUGAAAUUGGGGGAAGUUCAAUAUUUGGUCCUUGAUGAAGCCGAUCAAAUGCUUGCGGUUGGUUUUGAGGAAGAUGUGGAAGUGAUUUUAGAAAAGCUUCCAGCAAAGCGGCAAAGCAUGCUUUUCUCCGCAACUAUGCCUGUUUGGGUAAAGAAAUUGGCCAGGAAAUAUUUGGACAAUCCUUUGACCAUUGAUUUGGUUGGUGACCAAGAUGAAAAGCUGGCAGAGGGAAUUAAGCUGUUUGCUAUACCAACCACCUCAACUUCAAAGCGCACUAUUCUUAGUGAUCUUAUAAUGGUCUAUGCAAAGGGUGGGAAGGCCAUUGUUUUCACACAGACAAAACGUGAUGCAGAUGAAGUCUCGAUGACAUUAACAAGCAGCAUUCCUUCAGAGGCACUGCAUGGUGACAUUUCGCAACACCAGAGGGAGAGAACAUUAAAUGGAUUUAGGCAAGGAAAAUUCACUGUGCUUGUUGCCACUGAUGUUGCAGCUCGUGGUCUUGAUAUCCCCAAUGUUGAUUUAAUUAUCCACUAUGAACUACCCAAUGAUCCAGAGACUUUUGUGCAUCGCUCUGGUCGAACAGGAAGGGCAGGAAAAGAAGGCACAGCUAUUCUGAUGUUCACCAGUAGCCAGCGGAGGACAAUCAGAUCUCUUGAGCGUGAUGUUGGGUGCAAGUUUGAAUUUAUUAGUCCACCAUCCGUUGAAGAGGUUUUGGAGUCAUCAGCUGAGCAAGUGGUUGCUACCCUUAGUGGAGUUCAUCCCGAGUCUGUGGAGUUCUUCACCCCAACUGCACAAAAGUUGAUUGAAGAACAAGGCACGGGUGCUCUUGCUGCUGCAAUAGCACAACUAAGUGGUUUUUCUCAACCUCCAUCAUCCCGGUCUCUUAUUACACAUGAGAAGGGAUUGGUGACAUUGCAGCUGACACGUGAUCCGAGUUAUACUAGAGGCUUCUUGUCUGCUAGAUCUGUCACUGGAUUCUUGUCAGAUGUUUAUUCUGCUGCUGCUGAUGUAGUGGGAAAAAUACACUUAAUUGCUGAUGAAAGGGUUCAAGGAGCAGUUUUUGAUCUUCCAGAGGAAAUUGCAAAAGUGCUACUGAAUAGGCAGAUACCACCUGGAAACACAAUUUCUAAAAUUACUAAGCUACCCACGUUACAAGAUGAUGGGCCUCCAAGUGAUAAUUAUGGCAGGUUUUCUAACAGAGAUAGGGGUUUCCGAGGAGGUUCAAAAGAACGAGGAGCUUUCAGAAACUCACUGGGUCGGGGUCGUGGUCGUGAUCAUGGUCGUGGUUGGGGUCGGGGUUCUGAUGAUGACAUGGAUGAGUAUGAUUAUAGACGUGGUGGUCGGGGCAACAGAAGCAACAGUAGUUGGUCUCCAAGCUCAAGAGACGGUGGGAGUGAUUGGCUAAUUGGUGGUAGACGGUCUGGGCGAUCAUCGUCACCAUCCUUUGGAAAUAGGGACAGAAGCUUCGGUGGUGCGUGUUUCAACUGUGGGCAGUCUGGACACAGGGCAUCAGAAUGCCCCAACAAACUAGGUUUUUAGUUCUGUCCUCUGCUGUGCCACUCCAGAUUUCCUGCAUUGCUUAUAAAUGGACGAGGGAUUACUGCUGCCACUCCUGUCCCUUUUGCUACUGCCAGAGUGCAUCAAACUUGCAAUACUUCGUUUCUAAGUAGAGGCCCUUCAAGAGGUCCAGAAGGCUGAAGAAAAGGCACCCGUAAAGAGUUCAGACAAGCAGUCUGUCCCUCAACCCCUUCACCAACCGCGGCAAACAAUAUGUUUUUGUAAAUUAUUUUGCUAUUGGCAAACCAAUUCUCCAUUUUUAAUUAGCUUGUGACAACAUUAAUGGUGACUUUUAUUUUAUUUUUUCUAUCUUUAUUUCCUCAUGGCCUUAUAAAAUGAAAUCGAAUGCGGAUGUUUUUGCAA